AUUUAGGUACUUACCUAGGUGGGUUUAUUCAUUUCAUUUAUUGAUUUUUCUCUGCCUCUCGACUUCUAGUUGCUAAAAUUCCAUCUAAUCAAUUCACUAUCCUUUGAUUGUGUUCCAUAAGUUUUGCGUUGAAAUAUAAAUAUAAAAUGGCGUCUGAUACCUUAGUACCUAUAGAAUCAAAUCCUGAGGUUAUGAAUAAAUUCCUUCAAAAAUUAGGUGUUCCAUCUAAUUGGAGCAUAGUCGAUGUAAUGGGCUUAGAUUCUGAGAUGCUGUCUUGGGUUCCUCGUCCGACUAUUUCUGUUAUGCUGCUGUUUCCUGUAUCUGCUGCAUAUGAAGAUCAUAAAAAGAAAGAGGAAAGUGAAAUAUUGGCUAAGGGCCAAGAAGUUUCAAGUGACAUUUUUUAUAUGAAACAAAAUGUAAGUAAUGCUUGUGGCACUGUAGCUCUGGUACACAGUGUCGCCAACAAUUGUGAUAAAAUCCAGCUUUCUGAUGGCCCUAUGAAAAAAUUUAUAGAAGAAGCCAAACCAUUAGAUGCUGCUGCUCGAGGAACUCUGUUUGCAAAGACUGAAGGCAUUAUCAAUGCUCAUAAAGAAUUGGCUCAAGAGGGUCAAACUAAUACCCCCAGUGCCGAAGAACCUGUUGAUCAUCAUUUUGUAGCAUUUGUACACAAAAAUGGAGCAUUAUAUGAAUUAGAUGGCAGAAAGGCUUUCCCUAUCAAUCAUGGACCUACUACACCAGAUAAUCUAUUAGAAGAUGCUGCUAAAAUUUGCAAAGAAUUCAUGGCUCGUGAUCCUAAUGAAGUUCGUUUUACUGUGAUGGCUUUAGCAGCUUCCAACUAAAUUAUCUUCAAAAAUAUCAUCAAUUUUUAUUAUUAUUCUACCUUUGUUGUGACAAUAUGCUUGGCACAGGGGUAGGGUGUUGCUUUGCUUAAAAAGUAUGCCAGGUUCAAUUCUCAGUCAGAUAUAGAAAUUUUCCUAAAUUGACUUAGUCUAGAUCAUACCACAAAUGUCUAUUGCCUGUUUUCUCAUUUUACAUGAUAACCUAUAUAUGAGAAUUAGGAAAUUUGAUGUGACUAUGUGGCACUUAAUAAUCUAUGGCUUACUGUACUCGGCAACUGAGCUUUAUUUGUGAAACAAAAAAAGGUGCAAUAUAAGCAAGCUUUUGUGAUACAAUAAAGUAUUUAUUGAUUUUUGUAACUUUA